AAUUGCAUUAGCUUGCGUCUAUGCCAUGGGCAAUGCAGUCAACGACCACUGGUACGACUGGGCGGUCGUCCUUUACGCUUACAUCCUUGGUCUGUGCCUCGGACUAGUUUUUUCAACGGCAAUGGGCGUGGGAGUCUCGACCUUGUUCGUGUGCAUGUCGGAGGACAUAACUAAAUUGCAGGCGAUCAAGCCCGAAUUCAGUGAAUUCAUUCAGAAUUACUACAAGGAAAUGUUCGAUUUCCUCGUUUUGAAGAGCGAGGGCAAAGCAAUAGAGGAACAAGGUUCCAACUUCAAGAAGGAGUUGAAGGAGGAGAGUUUUGGAGCAGCGGCAGAAAAGGGGAAGAGGUAGUGGU